AGAGAGAGAGAAUUGAAUUGAAGAAACAGCAAAGGAAGGAAAGCUCUGAAUAUUUUGAUUGGAUUUUGAUGGAUGCUUUUCUUUUACUGUAAUGAAACGAAAUCACCUACCACUGAUAGCUUAACUCCAUCAAAUCCAAUCCGAUCCAUCUAUCCUUCUUCUUCUUCUUCUUCUUAUUACUUGUUAUUCCUUUCCAUUUCCCCCUUCCUUCCCACAAUUCACGUUUGUUCUGCAGCUUCUCCAAUUUCCUCAUUAUUAUUCCACAUUCACCUCUCUUUUCUAUUCAGGAACAAAAAUCCCAGAAAGCGGAAUGAAUGUUUUAGUGAGAGAGAGAGAGAUCUAGGGCUAUAGGGCUAUAGGGCUUUUCAUUCAAUUCUGACGAGAAGAAGCUGCCUAUUCACCAUCUCUUCUUUAUUAUUGUGUAGGAAUUUUUUUGGACUCAAAAGAUGGUGUCAGAUCUUAACGAGGGAUUAUCCAAGAAGACAUUUGUUUUUGGUUUGAGGGUUUGGGUGUUAACCGGGAUAAUUGUCACGUUGCUCAUAGUCGUAAUUCUCCUCGUGUUAUCGAUAUGUCUUACUCCUCGAAAACGGUCAAGAAGGGCCAAAGGCAUGAUUCCCCUUGCCCAAAUCCCAAAUGUUUCAAGGGAAAUCAAAGAAAUUGGAGUUGAUCACAUUUCCCCAAACAACCAUGCUCAUCACAAUGGAACUUUUCUAUCUCUUGAUGACAAAUAUAGUGAGAAAGAGUCGGAGAAAGUGUUAAUCAAUUCGAAAAUGGGAGAUAACAAUAGCAGUCCGUCAGGCUCAUUUACUAACAUAAACAAGGAAGGUGCGGCUCAUCAUUCUGGAGAGGAGGGUGGUCUUCAUAUAGUUUCUGUUCAUCACAAGCCUUCACCACAUCCUAUAACCGCUCCUUCACCUCUCUCCGGUCUACCUGAGUUCUCUCACCUCGGUUGGGGUCACUGGUUUACACUAAGGGACUUGGAACUCGCUACGAACUGGUUUUCGAAAGAAAAUGUCAUCGGUGAGGGUGGAUAUGGCGUUGUCUAUUGCGGUAAUCUGAUUAAUGGAACUCCUGUGGCUGUCAAAAAGCUACUCAACAAUCUAGGACAGGCAGAAAAAGAAUUCAGAGUGGAAGUUGAGGCUAUUGGGCAUGUACGGCAUAAGAACUUGGUUCGCCUUUUGGGAUAUGGCAUUGAAGGCACCCAUAGGUUGUUGGUAUACGAGUACGUCAACAAUGGCAAUUUAGAACAAUGGCUCCAUGGAGCAAUGAGUCAGCACGGAUACCUAACUUGGGAGGCACGAAUGAAAGUUCUCCUAGGCACUGCAAAAGCGCUGGCUUAUCUGCAUGAGGCUAUUGAACCGAAAGUUGUGCACCGAGACAUCAAGUCUAGCAAUAUUUUGCUCGACGAUGACUUCAAUGCCAAAAUUUCAGAUUUUGGACUAGCAAAAUUGUUGGGUGCCGGAAAGAGUCACAUUACAACUAGGGUUAUGGGUACCUUUGGAUAUGUGGCUCCAGAAUAUGCCAAUUCUGGACUUCUAAAUGAAAAGAGUGAUGUUUAUAGUUUUGGCGUUGUUCUCUUGGAAGCAAUUACUGGAAGAGACCCGGUGGAUUAUGGUCGACCGGCACAUGAGGUAAAUCUGGUGGACUGGCUGAAAAUGAUGGUCGGAAAUAGGCGUUCAGAAGAGGUGGUAGAUCCUAAGAUUGAAAAUAGGCCAUCAACAAGUGCCCUUAAAAGAGCACUUUUGACUGCUUUGAGGUGUCUGGAUCCCGAGUCUGAUAGAAGACCUAAGAUGGGUCAAGUUGUUCGCAUGCUUGAGUCUGAGGAAUAUCCCAUACCUCGAGAGGAUCGAAGACGCCGAAAGAGCCAAGCAGGGAAUACGCUAGCCGAGUUUCAGAUGGAGAAUUCCGAUACCGAUAAGAGUGACAAUCCAGAUGGCAGAAGGAACCAUCGGAAAUAGACAUGUGGACAAUGCAGUCCAGUAUAUAGAAUCUCUGAUGAACAUAAGCCAAGUGACAAAGAUUUUCUUUGUUUCAAGUGUUUUGAUACUUGGAUCUGCCUUAGUUGAGACAAAGGGUGCUGCGAGCCGAAAUUAGGGACGAUUUAGAUGGUUUUUUGAGCUUUGAAUACCUGCUGCUUGUACAUCUUACACAGCUGGAUGUGUGUACAGUUUCUUUCUGGGGUCCAUUUUCCCCUCCAUCUUCUUUUAGGCCAUAUAGCUCGUGAGGAAUGAGGAAAACAAUUGAAACAUAAGAAAAGGAGCCGAGUUUUGUCAUUACAAUUCAAAGGAUUUUCAUCUUUAUUGGAAUUGAAAUAUACUAUAUAUUGAAACACUCUUUGUUCUGUUUU